CUGGGGUGUCCCGCCCCGCGACGCUGUCUGCGUGCGCGCGCCCCGCAGCCUGCUCUUAUAGCCCCGCAUCGGGGACGGGCGCGGUGACUGGCGCGGGGACAGAUGGGCGACAUGGCGGCCUCGCUGCUUUUGGCGCUGGGCCUCAUGCUGCUGGACGUGCAGGGCGCCACCGCGGCGGAGGAUGACAUCCAAGCCACUGUGAGCGACGUUGGCUCCCAGGUGCACCUGACCUGCCUCAUGAACCGCAGCGACGUCACUGUCACUGGGCACCAGUGGCUGAGGGACGGCAAGGUGCUGAAGGAGGACCAGCUGCCCGACCUGCACACCGAGUACCAGGUGAACAAGGAGGACAGCGCGGGCAAAUACGAAUGUGUCUUCCUGCCCAAGCCUCUGGGCAGUACCACAAUCAACAUGCUGGUCCCAGGCCCCCCCAUAGUCAAGGCUGCCAAGAAGUCCGAGCACGCCAGUGAGGGGGAGACCAUCACACUGGUCUGCAAGUCCGACUCCUACCCUCCUGUCAGCUCCUGGAUCUGGUACAAGAUGUCUGACUCCGGGUACCAGGUCAUCACCAAUGGCUCCCAGAGCAAGUUCUCUGUGAGCUCCUCGGAGACCAGGUCGGAGCUGCACAUCAAGGACCUGGACAUGACCCUUGACCCUGGCACCUAUGCCUGCAACAGCACCAGUUCGGAGGGCACCGGCCACGCCACCAUCACCUUGCGUGUGCGUAGCCACCUGGCCGCACUCUGGCCCUUCCUGGGCAUCGUGGCCGAGGUGCUGGUGCUGGUCACCAUCAUCUUCAUCUACGAGAAGCGGCGGAAGCCAGAUGAGCCUCUGGACGAUGACGACGCAGGGUCCGUGCCUCUGAAGGGCAACGCACCCCAUGUGAAUGACAAAGGCAAGAAUGUCCGCCAGAGGAACGCCACCUGAGCGGCACAGUGGCCCAGGUCCCGUCCCCAUCGCCCACCAGAGUCCGUCCCCUGCCGACAAAGCGCCAGACCUGCUCGCCUCAGAAAACCCAUGCAGCAACAGCAAACCCACUGUAGAUCUCCAUAUUGGAUCUUUUUAGCUUUAAUUAACUAGGGUUUUCUACAUACAGAAUUUUGUUCCUUAGGUUUUGUUUUUCUCCUUUUUAAUGUUUUCUCCAUCAUGAAUGCCAGAGAGUUGGUGCAUCCCAAAGAGGUGCCUCAAGCCCCCUGGGUCCCUGGCCACUUGUAGAUUGGGAGGAUGUGCAUCCUGUACCAUCAGCCUGUCUGAAGCCUGCCCUGUCUCUUGUGCCCUGUGCUUUCACUUGUCUUUCCUGAAGGUCAAAGUCUGUGACCUCUUGGUGGAGCGAACUCCAUUUCUCUCCUGAUGUCUGGUGCCCAGGGUCUGGGACUCCAGAGCUACCUGCUGUGCUAGGGACAGCAGCACCCUCUCCAGUGUUGGACACACAGGGAUCCCUCCUGUCCCACCCCUGCACAAUAAAGACUGAGCCCACCUGGU